CUUUUCUCACAUGGUGUCCCUCUUAGGAUUCUUGUUUAUUUAUGUAUUAGGCGGUAUUACAUUCUUACCCAUUGUCGCUUUAGCGGCAUUUCUAUAUAUCAAAGGUGGCCUUGAGCCAUGGCGACCCAAAUCCAAGCCUAAACCAGACGAUAUCGUGUUUGAUAAAGACCCAGACAGUCUUGUCAAGCAAGGUUGGAUACGCCUCACAAACCAGUACCAACCGAAAAUGCCCGAGAUUCAUGCAAGCACGGGCCUCAUGUCUGGUAUCCAGUCUUAUGUCAGUGGCAACCAUAAAAAAAGCGUGUUCUAUGCUGUUCUUGAACGCGGCAUUUUAACUUGCUACGAGUCUGAGAAACAGCACGACGCGAUCUUGGCCUUGGCUGUACGAGAAUAUCAAGUUUCUUUGUAUCCAAGUACGGAGAACAGGACAGAAGGAGAAUUCUUUAAUCGUGCAUCUGUCAUACGUCUUACGCCAACGAAUGUACAUGACGUCCAAUUGAUAUCGAGCACUCUGUCUGUAGAAGAGGAGGAAGAGUUCACUCAUAACCCAACGCGAGUGUUGUAUUUGACGUGUGCACGUAACACGGAUAAAGAAGACUGGUAUUUUGGUCUGGUGCAAGCGCAUCAUUAUCUUGCAGACCAGGACGAAAGUACCAAGAGCAUGAUGAUCGAGACUACUCAUUUUGAUCCACCUGCAUUAGAGAAACUGAUCUAUCAAGUUCAGGUCACUCCUAGUAGUCGUGAAACAGCCUGGUUAAAUGCCAUCCUGGGUAGACUCUUUUUAAGUAUUUACAAAACAGACAGACUGAAGCGAUUUGUUGAGAUGAAGAUCAGGACAAAGAUUGACAAGACAAAAAGGCCUACUUUUCUUGACGAAAUCCAUGUUCGCAGUGUGGAUGUGGGUCAGUCAUUACCUUGUAUCACAUGCCCUAAACUCUUGUCGCUUUCGCCUGAAGGUGAAGUGGUGGUGGAGUCUCAGAUAGACUAUACAGGUGGACUGACGAUUGAGAUUGAGACAGACUUUCAUUGGUCCUAUUCAUCACGCAUGAAGCCGAUUCGUAUGCACUUGAUCUUGGCUGUCAAACUAAAGCAAUUGAAGGGAAGAAUGAUGUUCAAGAUAAAAGCACCGCCUACCAACCGUUACUGGGUCUCGUUUUUCGAGAUGCCAGAUAUGGAAUGGGAAAUCACGCCCAUUGUAGCAGACAAAUUGAUCAAGCUAAACAUUGUGACAAACGCAAUUGAGUCACGUAUACGCGAAGUCAUGGCUGAGACGUUUGUGUUACCCAACAUGGAUGAUACAGCAUUUUGUCCUUCGGAUGGUCAAGGUGGUAUUUUUGGUGACUAUGUUCAAGUAAAAACUAAAAAGAGUUCACUGCCACCAACAUUAGAUCAUAUUCGAGAAACACCCGCUGUACCUGAAUUAGAUGAAAAGACAGAAGCCUCGGAUGUGCUCAAACUCAAGAAUCGUCAUGCAGCAUCUGCUGUCAAUUUAAUGCCUGAAAAUGACAGCAUACUAACCAAUCAUGCAUCAGCCUAUGUGAAGAAACUGGAAGUCUCUCAUUCAACACCUGAAAUGCAUCCACCUUCAAAAGAAGAAACGACUGAUCAACACGCUAUGGAUAACAGCAGUAAAUGGUCCGCCAAUGCAUAUAUUAGAAAGCGAAUGAAAAAGAAUGAUGAAGACCAUAGUGAUGCAGAGAGUAUGGCUUCAUUCAAAAGCAAUCAAACAACAAGUAGUGGCAGUAAAUUUUUUAACAAGAUCAGCAGUCUUUUACCAGACAGUAAUAGUAGUGACAAUCUCGAUUCUGCUAGUGUGCUUGCCAACAAGAAGAACUCAUUGAUCAAUAUGGCUGGUAGCUUUUUAACGAAAAAAGUAAGCCAUGACAGUGAUGAAGACGACAGUUCAACACAUGAAUCAAAAAAACAAUGGUAUGCUGAAAGAAUGGCUAAUUUACGAAAGCGUGCAGAAGAAAGAAAGCACUUGUCUGUGUCUUCUCAUGGUAGUUCCUCAUCAUCAUCGUUGUCUUUAUUAGAGAAGACAGAAGAAGUAUCCCCGCCUGCUAAACCUCGUCGCCAUCGUGCUGCUUCUUUGAUGCAUCAACAAGCAGAUUCAGUGCCUGAGAAUACAAAUAAGCCGCCUUUGCCGCCUCGACGCUAUUCAACGCCACCUGUCUUUGAAGAAUCCUAUACUCAAAAACCUUCAUCUUUUGAUAUCAAGCCUCCAAUCUUGGCUGAAGAAGAGAAAUACCACCAACAGCAACAAGAACAAGAAGAGGGACAACAGAAAGAGGAACUACCACUAGAGAAGCCUCAUUCUCCAUCAUUACCAUCUCCACCUCCACUACCCAGUACGCCUAGACCCAAACGAUCACCUCAACCUCCUCCUAGACCUGCAUAGUUUAUUGUAAUUAUUUACAUUUUAUAUAUA